GUGACGUUCACAACUAAUCAAAAUAAUAAUAUAUCACAUACAGACAACUUAUCUAUGUCACAAUUUUCUGGUCUUCGUGCAGUGCAGAUAAAAAUUCUUGUUGGUGCAAUUUAAAUCAGUUACAUCCAAACGGGGAAUAAACAUGGCCAAAAUUAACCCAGAUUUGGUGAAAGAGCGCAAAAAGUGUACUUUUAACACAUUGGAAUUAACGCAUUUGUUGGACGGGGGUGAAAGCAAAACUGCCGAAAGAAAAGCCAGAGAGGAUUUCUUUCUGAAUGAUCCCGAAUUACAAUCCAAAGUUCCUCUGGAGUACCUGAGCCACAAGGAAAAGUAUGAGGAGGCAGUCAGGAAGUCCUGUGCACUUUUCAGGAAAGUGCAGGAACUACAGAAUGAGGGGAAAGCGGGAAUGGAAAACUUUAGGGAAAUUUUGGGGGGUCAACUCGGGUCUGCCGUUUUAAAAGACGGAAAUCCUCUAACACUCCACUACGUCAUGUUUAUACCCACAGUUAUGGGGCAAGGUACUAUAGAACAACAAGCUGAAUGGAUACAAAAGGCUUGGACUUGUCAAAUUAUAGGCACAUACGCACAAACGGAAUUAGGACACGGCACGUUUAUUAGAGGCCUAGAAACAACUGCCACCUACGACCCAAAAACUGAGGAAUUUAUUCUAAAUAGCCCCACACUGACUUCUUACAAGUGGUGGCCUGGGGGAUUGGGUCACUCAGCAAAUUAUGCUGUCGUCGUCGCACAACUUUACACUCAGGGCAAAUGUCACGGCAUUCACCCUUUCAUAGUCCAGCUACGAGACGAAGAAACCCACAUGCCUUUACCCGGUAUUAAAAUAGGAGAAAUAGGUUGUAAGUUGGGCAUGAACAGCACAAACAACGGGUAUUUGGGCUUCGACAACGUUCGAAUUCCACGCGUUAACAUGUUGAUGAAAAACAACAAAGUUUUGCCCGACGGGACGUACGUGCAAUCACCCAGUAGUAAAUUGACUUACGGCACGAUGAUUUUUGUACGAGUCGUUUUAGUGCAGGAUGCCGCCACGUUUUUGAAAAAAGCCGCCACCAUUGCCACUAGAUACAGCGCAGUCAGACACCAAUCGGAAAUGAAACCUAAUGCACCUGAGCCACAAAUUAUAGACUAUGUAACGCAGCAAUACAAACUCUUCCCGCAAAUCGCCACCUGCUUCGCCUUUCAGUACAGUGCCACUUGGUUGUGGGACAUUUACAACAACGUUACCGGAGAGCUAGAGUCCGGACAGUUAGAUAAUUUACCAGAAUUGCAUGCCUUGGCAUGUUGCCUUAAAGCUGUGACUACCGCCGAUUGUGCCUUGGCUAUUGAGACUCUUCGUCUGGCUUGUGGUGGACAUGGUUACAUGACAGCCUCAAAUUUACCUUCCACUUAUGGUUUGGUAACUGCCAUGUGCACCUAUGAAGGAGAAAACACUGUGCUUUUGCUUCAAACUGCCAGAUACCUUAUCAAACUUUGGCAGAACAAGACCAAUCUUAAUAAACUGCCAACUGUUAAAUAUUUAGACACCGCACUCUUUAAUAAUAAGCCUUUUGAGAAAAAUGUGGAGUGGAUCAUUUCUGCCAUCCAACAAGUAGCUGCAGGAAAAAUUGAUUUGGCCAGUAAACACAUCAAUGAAAGAGUUAGGAGAGGUAGAUCUUUUGAAGAUGCUUGGAAUGAAACUUCAUUAGAGUUGGUCAGUGCUGCUGAUGCUCACUGUAGAACAUUCCUUGUGGAUAUUUUCUACCAGUCAGUCCACAGCCUAGUUAACAUUUCACCAUCCUUAAAGAGUGUGUUAAUUGACCUUCUUGAGCUGUACGCCGUAAAUACUGCCAUCAGAAUGACUGGAGAUCUAUUAAGAUUCACCAAAGCACUAGGUAACGACAUUGAAACACUUCAAGCCUGGCUGGAGGAAUUGUUAGCAAGAAUUAGACCCAAUGCUGUCGGUAUUGUGGAUAGUUUCGAUAUCAGAGAUGAAGUAUUGAGCUCAGCUCUUGGUGCUUAUGAUGGAAACGUAUACGAAAGAUUGUUUGAGGAAGCUCAAAAGAGUCCUUUGAACGCAGAACCGGUUAACAAAUCCUUUAAACUUCAUCUUAAACCAUUCCUCAAAGCCAACCUUUGAAUAGCGAAUUUUAUAGAAUUUUUACUUCAUAUUUUUAUACUCAGAUAUUUUGUUACACUUUUUAUACAACUUACUGCUGAUUGUUUAUAGUAUUAUUUACUUCUCAUUAGUCCCUCCAUCAUAUCUAUAUAUAUAUUUUUACAAUAUAUAUUUGUCAUUAAGCAACUUUUAGUUUAGGUAGGGUAAAAGGAAGGAGUGCAAUAUAGAUAAUUCUAUACUUUUUUAUACUUUUUAUUAUUUGUUGUACGUUUACAUUUUUGUUAUAUUUCUAUUACGUAAAAGUAUAUCCAUCCAAUUGUAAUAUGUAUAUUAUGUUAAUAUAAACAUUGUUAUUGAAA